AUGAGGCACCAGCCGAGACUUCCUUCUAUGCCAGAGAAUGACUUCGCAGCUCCUCUUCCUUCAACUAACACUACACCUCGACCUAUUGAUCCUCAUCCUUUCUCAGGAUUCAACGUUGAACCUCCACGACCUCCUCGCGAUGGAUACGACAAAAGCUUCUUCAAAUGGCGGAACCGCUCAACAAAGUCGGCUAGCGAAACAGAUUUCCGAGACUCGUUUACAUCUCCUUUGACGCCGAUGUCAGCGCCAGCAACCUUCCAGGCCUUUGAGUCGAGACCACCUUCAAGCCCCUUUGUAUCGGAGUCAGCACACGUUUUCUCCUUACAGCACCCGACCGUCACUCGUUUUUCCGACAUAAAUCAAGGCUCGGCCGAUACCUCUCCUGGUAUGGCCAGCACAGAAUCGAUCUCGCCAAUGAACAAUUCCAAGAAAGCUCGAGGAACGAGCACUCCGCCUUCGUCACCUCCAAGUUCUGGGGGCUUAUACGGCAAAGCAAAGAAGAGUCUUGAGUCCAAGUUGGGACUCAAAGCUCGAAGAGAAGAACCACCAUGUCCAUCAAUACCUGAACAAGUGCACCACUGUUCGACGAUGGAUGGCACUAGGAACUACUCCAGCAUGCACCAAAUCACAAAAACAGGCGCAUGGUCGAAUGAUGAUACAAGUAAGCUUAGACUGCGGCGAAAACUCUUUGGCAGAGCACCAUGGGUCCGUAAAGAAUCGGGAGACUCUUUCAGCAGCGUAACGAGCUCUGUAAGAGAGAUACUCAAAGGUGAGACUCCUCCUCCUUCUCUCAGCUCGAGUGCAUCGUCAUUACACGUCGAUUGUGGUGAUAGCAACUUUCCUGGAGGGGAAGCGAGACGCAUCAAGACUCCUCCUUUGGCAGAAGACACUAUGAGCGGCCGACCACGUUCCUUCUUCACUGAGACAGUCCCUCCCAUGGACGAUGAUCGGCAUGAAACGUACGCCAGCUGUUCUUCAAGACAUACUUCACUACAAACCGUUCGUCGUGGGAGCUAUGUGGCUGACACAAGCGAGUGGUGGGACAAGAUUCCCAAGAAGCCCAUUCGUAGAAAUCCAUUUGAUGAACCAAUUCCCUUCGAGUUCCAACUCCCAGAACACUUACCAAAUAGCCCCAUGUGCCCAGCAAACGAGAAGCAUGUAAGCGGGGGAACGGGUGUGUGUGUCUAUCACGGACGCAGGAAGGGUGCAUCAAAGCUGAGAAUAGGAUGCGACUUUCAUGACGCUUAA